AGCUGCACCAGUCUGUUGAAACCGGCGGCACUGCGUUCGUGGUGAGCUAGGACUACAAAUGCAUUCUGUCGGGAUUUUGUGUGUUUACUUCGGCGUAUUGUUUCAGCCAGACCUUGUGUGACCAGACGGUGAUGUUGAUAGUUCUGUUGUUCGUGUUCAUGCAUCUAAAACGACCCCCUGAGAAUCGGUGUCCUUCCGGAUGCUGGCCCCAUUCGUGGCAAGAGAGCGCGUGUAGAUUCCUCACCGGUACAAGUUGGGCGUAACGAUCGAGGUCAAAAUCAGGGUAGAAGGAGGAGUUCACAACAUAGUUUUGUUUUUGUGCGGUCGAAUAUUUACAUGAUGUCGCUGUCGGUUGUUACUGUUUUGAAAUAACAUUUUGGCUUCACGUCUGAGUGGCAUAGAUGCCAUACGCUGUCGUUUCGCUCCUGCAGACAGCUAGUCGCAAGACAGCCCGCCGCUGUCAGUUGAAGCUUCGUCCGUGACUCGCCAUGGAGUUGGUGUUGUGCUUUGUGAUAAUAACGAUCUCUGGCGUCAUUCGCGAGAGCUCUGCCCUUCUUUUACGGUCACCAACGAGCAAUGAUGUGUUUGGAGAGUUGGUGGCGUCGGCGGAACGUGCCCAGCCUCUGGCGACCCGCCUUACAAAACGCAUAUCAAGGUUGAACUUCAACGACCGCGAGGACGACUUCUGGGAAGACCAUGGAGACGCUUCCUGGAACAAUUCCUAUACGUUGGUGAACGGCAGGACAACACUAGGUAGCGAGAACCGACGAAGACCUGCCAGUCAUUCUCUGAUCGAAAGACCCUAUUACCGUGAUGGGAGGUUGUCACCCGUUUUAGGUGUUCAGGAACGUAGGGGGCGCAGUGUUCAUUCGUAUCAUGAAGAACCAGUUUCCUUUUUCGAUCAGCGUGCUUUUGAUGAGUAUACCUUCAGAAGAAGAUCACAGCUUCAUAGACAACGGGCACGGGCCGGACUGCGCUCAAGAAUAAAACAGAAUGUGAGACGACUCUGGAGAUCGGCCAGAGGCGCCGUGGGCGGGUGGGGUAGGCGAGUACGACGAAAAAUCGGGGAUUUGUUCGUUGGGCACUUGAUGCCCCAGCUGCGGAGGCUACGGUUUUGGGACCAGGGCCUCCCACCGGUAGUUCCGCCUUUGAUAGGCAACGAGCCGGGGCAGGCUUCUGUCGCACUGGUGGCGGAGCGCAUGGAAGCUGGCCUUCGCGAGAAAGCACUCACGGAGAAAAACCCCACUGAAGCCCAACAAGCGGUCGGGACAUACCUGAUAAACUCCGCCGAAAAUACGUGGUUUAUCAGUAGUCCGGGUGGCCGAUACAUCUUGUUAAAAAAACGUGGCUUCCUUGGUGGUGGCGGCUUUGGUCUUGUGUACCAUGUUGAACAUCCCACCACAGGGCAACCAUUCGCGCUGAAGAUAUUUGUUCAACGGGUGAUGAACAAUGAGGUAGGGGAUAAAAUAUCUGACCUGAUCGAGGAUGAAUUUGGAGUCAUGAAGUACUUCCCCCCCGAAUGGACGCCUGCGCGCAUGUACUCGGAACUCCGGUUUAUGGUGCCACUUCUAAAGCUCAGAGUUUUAGGAAAGCCCGAAUUCCAGGAUGUGCGGAACCAUUUGCGUAUAUACAGUGUUUGCGCCCUAUUUCCGAAGGCGCAAGGAGACUUAGAAGAAGCUGUUGUUUUACUUGCAGACAUGGACAGAACAAACGCUUACAACAUUCGUAUGAGCUGUACGAUUCAAAUGGUCAAACUACUUGCAAGAUUCCACGCGUUUGAACUUGUUCAUGGCGAUGUGAAACUGCAAAAUUUUCUUGUUGAUAAAUCGGGAUUGCUUCUACUUUCUGACUUCACUCAAAUUCUUCGUACGAAUGAGAGACGCUAUCCACCUGUGGUAACAGUGAUUUACAUGUCUCCAGAAAUAGCGACCUGUAUGAUCACUCGCUUGCGGAAUGCUAUUCCAUACACGCCUCAGAUAGACUCGUGGAUGCUAGGAAUAUCCUUGUAUCGUUUGUGGUGUGGUAACUUCCCCUUCGGAAUGACUCUGGACGCCACCGCACUGCAGGUGGCUGGAAUUGUAAUCAGGUCUUCUGCGUCGUCUCUUGACUUCGCCAGUUGCCACGACAUUCCAGAACAGUUCCGCGAGAUGAUAGUGGGAUUUCUACGCAAAACACCUGGUGUUCGACUAUCUCCACAACAGGCGCUGGAGCAGUUCUCGUUACUCAACUGGAAAGGACCAUCCCCGGCAUCGGAUACGGCUUCCGAAAGUGAACCAGUCAGUACCGAGGAGGCGGCUUUAUUACAGAAGGAGUAAUCUGAUGCGGUCAAUGCAACAAGAAAGGACGGUCGGUGUGACAUAGUGAGGUACUGCCGUCACUUGUGGUAGGAGUGGAACCCUCGCCAAAGCAGUCUAAAUGCCUGUCCAUCAACGACAAACUGCCGCAAACGGUAGAGCGAAGUCCGACAGCGAAAAGAGCGAAGUCAGGCAUCGCAGAAAGAAGAGGCAUCUGGAUUGGGGGUCGCCAUUCGUUCUAUUGCUUCCAUGGACGGAUGCUCCAUAUAUCCGUGAUCUCCAGCGAACACUCGAGGUGACAACAUUGUAACUCUUUCCGUGGAUCCUUGUGCCCAUAUGCUGCGGAUGUUUAAAGUCACAUGCGAAGACAAAUCUUUUUUUUUUGCUUUGAAACUGCUCCCUAGAACCGCGAAGGUUGCAAGGCAUCAUGGAAGCGGCCGCCUUCAGAUUUCUGAUCCGCUCAUGCAUUCACGUGGACAUGCCCCUGUAGACUACGCCACAUGUACCACUCGAUCCCUGUCACUAUUUCACGCUUCUGCUCUUGAAACGGCGAUUGAAACUGCGACAGAAGUUGUUGGUUUGCCAUUUUGUAUCCUAUGGAGCUUAUGAACACAUUCUUCUAGUCCUUUCAUUUAUCCUAGCGAAUGCCUUCAUGCAUUGCUAAAAGUACAAUCGCAAUCCAGCAACCAGCUUCGCGGACUUA